CAAAAAUGUUCUGGUCUGCAGAUGGUGAAGUUGAACACUUUAGAAAUAGAUGGAUUCAAGAGUUCUUAAGACAAGAAAUGAAAUAUUUCAGGAGCUCAAACCAUACUGCGUUAACUUGAGCCAAUUGGCACUGAAGAAUGCCGGCGACAGCAGCUCUCUAAUAUCGUCAACGGAAAACCUUCUUGGCGCAUUGCGGCGAAGUUGUGAAAAUGAAGCUUUCGACGAGAAGCUGGCAGAUUAUGUCUUCUUCCCAUUAUCCCAGAUCCUGCGUUCGAAGCAAAAGUAUACGGACAAACUAUCGGAGCUCACUCUGAAAUGUUUAAGGCUACUACUGGAACAAGGAUGGCGAAACCAUAUUGCGAUGGAUCUUGCCAAGCAACUCAUGAUCCUGCUGACGUUGAUGAUCGGAGGAGUACCGGGACAAGCUCCAAUGGAAGCCCCAGAAGAACUCGUUCUUGAAGCUCUGGCUGCCCUUGCAGCUUUAUUUGACGACUUGGCGCGUGUUCCAGAGGCAUCCGUUACAAUCACUGCCGAGACCACCAUACCAGCAGUUGGACACUGUAUUACAUCGAUACUCGAUGCAAUCACGGAUGGCCCAUCGACAGAGAUCCAGUCAGAAGGGUUGAAUGCUUUGAAAGCUGCAUGGAAUUGCAUCAAAGAUGUACAGGCUCAUGCUAGUUUCCUUCCAGGCACAGUCUCAGCCCUCACGAAAUGCCUCACCCCCACUACAACAUCUCGAAGGUCACAGAAAACUAUUGUUAUGGCAUUAGAAAGUCUACUACUGGUUUUAACCACACUAUUGAGCGAUGUCAAGACUCGUACUAUCAGGGCAAGCAGGAAUACAGGGAUGGAAGUGGAAAACAAGCGCGAGAAUGACAUGCUUACGAAAUCCUGGCUCACUGCAACCACUUCUCAGAUAAAGCUCUCUCUAGCAAAUGUCGUAAAGUUGCGUACACACAAAUCUAAUAGUGUCCGUGUCUCACUCAAUCGAUUUUGCAUCGUUCUAUUGGAUGAAUGCCAUGAUACAUUGGUUGAUUCGACUUCUAUUCUGGUGGAGACCUGUUUGUCAUUAGUUGGCGCAGAAGAUCCUCUUGAUGCUAGCACAACUUCCAUUGUGGACUUGGCUACUAUACAUUCAAGCAUCGGCGAGUCAAUCAAAAAAACGUGUUAUAACUGGGUGACCAGCUUACCACGAGUGAUGCAAAUGAGCGAUGAGACUGCCAAGGUUUCCGCACUGCACCAACUUGAAGCAUCAUACAAAUUAUUGAGCACAUUGGAUCUGGGCUCUUCUAUACUUGACGAAGCACUUUCGAGAUCGCUACGAGACGGUCUGUCUAGUGUAAUGGAGACCUCUUCUCACCAUCGGGCGAUGCAAGAGGUUUUGUUAGACCCGAAUAGUCAGGAUUUGAUGAUGUUGUCAAGCGAACAGAUACUCUUGAGGGAUUUCCCUCCCAUAUUGAUGCCGGAAGAAAGUCAAAAGUCUACAAGAAUCGCUAUUGUAACAUUUCUAAGGUCAUUGAAUGAAUCGCAAUCACACAUGAUCAUGGCCAGCGAGAUGCUCGAGUAUGUACGGCAAGCAUCUGGUCCAAGUCUAUUAGCUGCUUACUGGAUCUCAUCCCAAUUGAUACAGUUGGCUGCUUCUCAAAACGAGGAAAUGAAUGAGUUUUUCGAAUCGACACUCCUUGCUUCGGACGACUAUCAAGCCACCAACCAUGAUUUGUAUUCUUACUCGAUAUCAGUUUUGUCCAGUGAAGACCAUAAUCUCGAUUGGCGAGUAAAAGGGAUCGCGCUAGAGGUUGUGUCUAAUUCGGCCAAGCGAUUAAAGAAAGACUUUCGAGCAGAGCUUGUGGAUAUACUAUACCCCGUGUCGCAGCUUUUAGGUUCGACCAGUGCUGAUUUAAGAGGGCGCGCAACUAUUUGUCUAAACACACUUGCACAAGCUUGCGAAUACCCGAGCACCCGAGAACUUAUCGUGGAGAACGUCGAUUAUAUGGUGAACGCAAUUUCGUUGAGAUUGAACACAUUUGACAUAUCACCCCAAGCUCCACAAGUACUAAUAAUGAUGAUUCGGUUGACGGGACCAUCUCUACUUUUAUAUCUCGACGAUGUGGUAUCUUCUAUAUUUGCCGCUUUGGACAAUUUCCAUGGCUAUCAGGGAUUGGUAGAAGGUCUAUUUGCCGUGCUCGGAGAGAUUGUGGAAACGGGCUCACAAUCUCGCCAAUUGCGACUACCUGGCGUACCACAUGUUGAUGUCUUCCAACGUGGAACUCGUGCCAUUACGAUUGACAGCAUCGUUCAGGCAAUCGAGAGGCAGCAAGAACGACUCAAGAUGCAAGAGAGUAUCGGACCAGAUGAGUUUCCACGAGAGCCGUGGAAAAGUGCCUCUGCAUUAUUGGACGACAUGAAAGAGGUUGGUGAAAGCAACGAAGAUAACAAUGUCGAAACAGAAAAGAUUCCUGUUACAAAAACCUACACCAUGGUCCAGAACAUUAUCCGCCUCUGUCAGCACUAUCUUACAAAUCCAUCCCCUACAUUACGUACGCGAUUGCUGGGAUUGAUACGCACAUCCUCCGCUGCUCUACAAAGCGACCAGGAGAACUUCUUACCUCUUGUUAAUGAUAUAUGGCCUGUAGUCAUAGAUCGAUUAUACGAUAAGGAAUCACAUGUUGCCAUCGCAGCUGCAGACUCCAUCGCUGCUAUCUGCAGAAGUGCUGGAAAUUUUCUUAACACGAGAAUUGCUGCGCAGUGGCCCCGCUUGAUUGUGUUGGCCAGGCAGACCAGGGCUAACAUGUUGGCGGAAAAAACUGGAACUGGUGGUCGUGGUAUACACUCACAGGCUGCACAGAUGUGGGAGAGUGUAGUGAAGCUUUUGAUGGCUAUAGUGGAAUGUACGGGAGUGAACGAUGACGCAUUCGAUGACGUUUUGGAUCUUCUGGCAAGAAUCAUACCGGACAGAAGCGACGUUCGCGAUGUGUUAUCAGCCGUGAAUGCUGAUGCAGUAUGGUUAGUGUUACAGUCUGGUUUGCGUUGUGAAAUUCAAAUACCUUCGCUUGAUGGCUAUAUAUUUCCGUCUCCGAGACCUCUCAUCAUAGUUUAAUGUAAUGUAAUGAUUGACAUAAAACUUACUCAUAGUCGCGAUCACUAUGUCUUGCAUUUUCUCACAGAUAGAUCUCAUGGACA